AUGGCGGACGAACAAGUUGAAGGCAGUUACAUCCGUCCACUUUUUGAGCGCAUUUUUACGCGGUAAGUGACACUUAUGAUGUUUGAAUUAUUCCCUUGAUUUUUUUUAAAAAGUCAGCGAUAAUUUUUCUGUGAUGAUGCUAUUAUAUGCAAGUAUCAUAUACGCGGCAAAUUAAGAGUGUGUUGGAGUUCAUGAUUUGAGGAGCCCUCGAUACGUAUGGUUGCUGCGUGUGUGGUCAGCAGGUAGUUAGGAGGGGAUAUCAAGGGGUUGCCAAGGUCGUUAUACAUCAUAAAUGCUGCGUCCCACUUGCUUUUCAAUCGUGAACUUGUCUCUAUAACAAGGAACACAUUGCUAAUCGAGCCAGAGAGAGACCUGUUCAGCGACUCUGUCUUUUUAAGUUGUUUUCGUCUAUCUUGAAAGACAUCCCUCUCUUAAGAUUGUUUUAAUUUUAGCCAUUUUGUCUGAAGGAGAGUAGUUAUGAGAAGGACUGUUGUUCAAAAAUUGUCUAUCAGUGGUAUGUUAUAAGUCUGCUUUAUGUAAACUGAUUGGCAGUUUUGCUGUGAUCUCAUUGGCUGUAAGACCUAAGUAGCAUAAAUUGGUCAUGGUUGAUCAGUUUUGAUCUGUUAGCUGUCAUUGAAAAUUGCCACCACACCAUACAUACAAUAUGACUUCUUAGAACAGAUGUGUGAGUAAAAAAGUGAACACUAACAACUGGACCCUACUAGUCACAAGGGACUUAUGCUUCUUGAAUUUUUACUAUUGUAUGCUUCACUUUAGGAGGUUCCUUGGAAUUCUUGCCCUUGGUCAGUUGUUGUCAUGGCUCGUUUGUGGUACUGGUGUAUUUAGUCAGCUCUUGGCAUCUGAUUAUGGCAUUGAGAUUCCAACAACACAAAGUUUCUUGAACUAUUUAUUAUUAGGACUUAUACACACAACUACACUGGCCUGUCAUCCUAUGAACUUUAAAAAGAGACUUACUGAAACAGGAUGGAAAUAUUUUUUAAUUUCACUCUGUGAUGUGGAGGCAAAUUAUUUGGUUGUUAAAGCUUAUCAGUACACAAAUUUAACCAGCAUUCAGGUGAGUCACCAUCGAAAAUAAGAAAAUUAAACUUAAUAUUACAAACAUAAAUAUUAGUAAGUGGUGGGACAUUAUUGUUUUGAUAGUUUCUAGGAAACCAACUUGUUUGUUGAAUACACUAAUAAGGCAUAUACUUCUUCAGGGAUAAAUUGAUGCUAAUAUUAUUACUAAACACCAAGUUUAUCUUACUUCAAAGUACCUGCUCUUCUGUGUCAAGGGUAAAGCUGUAUCAAGUGCUAAAGGGCCUACACUGGUAUAGCAUUUUCUCAGCAUUAAUUUUUUAUGGAAUUUUGCUAUUCCUCCCACCCCACUUGAUUAUGCUGAUCCAUUACUAGUUGCUCCCUCCAUUUCACAGUUAACCAACAUCCAUCUAUAACCCAGGCUAAAAUGAGGUUCAUCAAGAGUUCAUUGUCUUUCCCAGGAACAUGACACCUUUGUCAGAACUCAAACUUGGAUCCAGCUUCUUCUGGAGUACAACAUGCUAAACACUAUAUCAUUGUAUUUCCUUCCUUUGUAAUAAACAAUGGCUUAAUCAGCUUAUUCAUAUGGUUUGAGGACAUUUUUUCAAGUAGAUCAAUUGACUCUUUCUAUUUUUGACAGGUCUUGGACUGUUUCUCAUUAGUAUCAGUUUUAGUUCUAUCUUGGAUAUUCUUAAAAGUACGCUAUCAGUUUGUCCAUUACUCUGGUGUACUCAUCUGUUUAGCUGGCAUUGCUUGUCUUGUCAUAGCAGAUUACUUUGGUUCUCGCUAUUAUGGUCCAGGUGAGUAAAACUCAGAAAUAAAAAAAAUUUGUAAAUUAUUAUGCCCAAAUACAGUCAAAUUAUACUUUCAAUUCUACGAGUGAACAUCAAAUGAAUUCUCUUCACUUUGCACUUUUAGUGAUUGAUACUUUUAAUCAGACAGGUGAGAAAAAAAUUAUUAAGUAGACACUUAUCGAAAGAUAUUGUCUUGAAGAAACACCAAAGUGUCAGAAAUAGGCAACUAGAGAAAGUCAUCAUUUGGGAGAAUAAGCUCUCCAAUCUUUAGGGUAAAUGAGUGUAAAAAAAAAAGAUCUAAAGAAGAAUUUGUGGGCAGGCUUUUUUAAUAGGUUUGGGUGUGUGUCUCACUAAUUUGCAGGUAAUUUAUUGAAUUGCAAUGCUGAUUAUAGUGCUGUCCAUUUCUUUAAAUUCAUUUUAGUUCUUCUUCUCCAUCCUUCCUUAAAUUUUUCUCCAAAGGUUUGUUUUUCCUUCUCUUGCAGAAGGCAAAAUUAUUCAUUUGGUUCAGUUUAAUUCCUUUUUACACAUUUUCAUUUGAUUUGCAGUAAAAAUCUUCAGCAAAUCUGUUAACCAAUGACCUAAAAUUCUUGAUGUCAUGUUGUAUUACACACUGUGUAUUGAUGUCUCUAAUCAAUAUUAUUUAGAUUCCAAGUUGUAUCAGCUGCCUAAAUGUAAAUGAUUAAGAGGCUGAUUUUCUUUAAUUGAUAAUUUCCCUUAUGAUAUUGCUCCUUUACAGGUAAAAAACAAGCCAUAGGAGAUGUUCUGGUGUUGUGUGGAGCCAUCAUGUAUGGAAUUUCGAAUGUUGCAGAGGAGUUUGUAGUAAAGAACUUUAGUAGAGUUGAAUUUCUUGGCAUGAUUGGACUCUUUGGGAGUUUUAUCUCUGCGAUUCAGAUGUGAGUUUUAUGCCAUGAAUUAAUUAUUAUUAUUAUUAUUAUUAUUAUUAUUAUUAUUAUUACAUUAUUUUUUGAACAUGUUUGUUACUAGUUCAGGAUUGUAAGGGGUGAACCUCAUUUUGUGGUAGCAAAGGCCUCAAAGUGAAUCUCUCUGUUAUUUUUGUUCUGCCAAACUUGCAUUUAUUUACAUGGUCAGCUUAUUGUAAUAUUUCUUCUUAGUAUAUUUUUCUCUCAUCAGGAUGAUUCUUGAAAGAAAUCAACUGUCAGCCAUUGAAUGGGAUUAUAAAAUUGGUUGGUUGAUUGAGCUUUUUUUAAGUACUUGUCUUUUGUAAUGAUUAUAUUUAAUUGGUUAAAAAGAUGAAAUGUUAUGAAAGACUGAUUGCUCUAAAAUAUUUCCUUUGUGUUAUAAUAUAUAAUUAUUUUAUUGUAGAUUACUUAGCAUUUGAAUGCCAUUAGUGAAUUAAUCAAGCCCUGAAUUCCUUUUCAGUUUUAUACUUCAUUGGGUUUGGACUUUGUUUGUUUCUGCUGUAUAACCUGGUACCUGUUGCUAUAAAGUUCAGCAGUGCCACAGUUGUAAACUUGUCCCUACUGACAGCAGACUUUUACAGCUUACUCUGUGGAUUAUUUCUGUUCCAUUACAAGGCAAGUCACUUAUCUCUUAGUAUUCACUUGACUGACCUUCCACAUCGUUUAUGAAUAAUUCCAGAGCACAAGCCAGGAAAGGGCUGUAGGGGAUUUGACAAACUUGAAUGCAUAAACGAAGGGGGAAGAGGAAGCAAAAACAUAUUGUUUCCCAUGCUCCAGACUCACUACAUGCUUCACCCUCACUUCAUACUUAACUGUUGGGUAGUAACAUAGCUGUGAAAAUAGCAAGAUGGAUUUCAGACAGACUUUCUUCUUACCUCUUGAUCAUUAUCUUGUAAAUUACUCAGGGGAAAUCCAAGGGUAUAAUAUAAGGUUAACCCCUGUUGUGGACUGUUUAUUCUCAUCACAUGUUUACUGGAUAAAGUAUGGAUAUUUUAAGGAGAUGAAAUAUGUAAACAAGUCAAGGAUGGCUGAUAGCAGUUCUUUAGAAAACAUUUUAUGACAGAAUUCUCAUCAUAAUGUCUUUGUUUCAGUUCUCAGCACUGUACCUUGGAUCUUUAGCAUUAGUAAUAUUGGGCGUCAUUGUUUACAACCUUAAACCCACACCCAGUCAUCCUAGCUCUACUGUUACCCAGUUCCCCUCCUACAGACAACUCGAAGAAGACUCACAGCAAACAGACGACAAUUCAUCUUCUUCAUCAUGUUGUUGUCAAGAAUUACAAACUGGUCAAGUUGAUACUGACAAUGUAUAAAACGUGAUCAUUGGCAGCCAAGAAAUUAUUUGUUGAUAUUUAAUGUAUGAAUUUUUAUAUACAUGAUAUAUUUAACGUGUUUCAAUGUAAUAGAAGUAAAGACACUUUUUUAAAAAUUUUUUAUUGCCCGCACACCAAAAAAUUGGGAGUGGAGUUAAUUGCCUGAAAAGUGAUGGACCACGAAGAGAAUUGAUAAUUAUGUUCAUUUUGAGACCUAUAACUUUGAUUGAAAGGUUUUUAGUUUCACUUUUUUUCUGGAAACAAUCUGAACAUCGACUGAGUCAUAGGAAAAGGUAACGGAAAGUCACGGAAUAGUAUAAGUUUGAAAAAGAACUGGAGCUUGGCUGUAAUGAAGCUAGCUGUGUUAAGUUUUGUUAAUUUAGCUUAAAUACUCUUCUAAUCAUUUGUUAAGAUAGGAAAAAAUUUCACUGGCUUGAAGACACAUUAACUACACAGUCAAUACGCUUCUUCUGUCUAUAUACGUCAAACUACUUGUCCCUGUCAUGCAUUCCUACGACAUCAAAUACCGUUGUUGUAUCAUUGAGUUUGAUAAAAUGGCUUUGUUUUUGUUCUACAAAGAAUGCACAUCACUUUCCAUCGUUAAAAAGUACACGUAGGCAUUUCAGAAAAUUCAAAAUAAAACAUGAAUAGGGAAGGACAGUAACCAAAUGACUUGGCCAGAAUUGAGAGGAACCGACAAGUCGCAAGAGAUUCAAUCUCACCACAACCGCAAAUACCCAAAAUUCUCAGACAUAUUUCCCUCCUUUUCAGACUUCCGUUUUUGACUCAUUUGCAACCACUUUACGUCAGUUUUUUUUUAGUUCUGAUAUUUUUCUUCAAAAAACUUUACCGCUCAAAGGCCGCC